AUGUACUUGGCUGAAAAGGGCUUCUUUACCUUUAACAACGGUACUAACUUUUACAAUUGGCUAAAUCCUAAAGAUAAACAUCUCGUUGAUUCAUCAAGAUGCCGCAAUACCGAUGGAAAGUCUGGAAUUGACUAUCUAUCUUCGUUGUUCCAUCGCUUUAAGUCUAUAUUUCCCAUCCGUUACGCAGAAUGCUGUGGCAUAGUAGGCUACCUUGGUCCAGAGGAAACCAAGGAUGUUCUAUUACAUGGUAUAAAGUCGAUGAAACACAGGGGCUACGAUUCAUGUGGAAUAUGUACUCUGGAUAAGGGAGUUUUGAAUGUUACAAAGUGUACAAGUGUAGGUACUCCCGCCGAUUGCUUCGAAAUUUUAAAGUCACGCGUGAAGGAUUCCCAUUCAAACUCCAACUUGGGUAUAGGCCAUACCAGAUGGGCUACAGUAGGUAUACCAUCGGAUUCUAAUGCACAUCCUCAUUUCGAUUUUAAGAAACGUCUCUCUCUGGUGCAUAACGGAACAGUUUCAAACACUAUACAAAUUUUUGAAGAGCAUUAUAAACCAUCAAUAGAAAAGGGUGAAAUUCCUGCAUUUGAGUUGCCUGACUCCGACUCCGCGUCGAUUGCUUUAUUCAUUGGUUUGGAAUAUGAUAGAUGUAAUGAUGUAAUGUUAGCAUUUAAGCGCACUGUUUCCAGACUUAAGGGUACGUGGGCUCUUUGCAUGAUUUCAAUUUCACAUCCGAAUUCUCUCUUUGUUGCAUGUUCAGAAGCCCCUCUAUUAUUUGCAAGAUCUACUAAAGAUGAUGGAAUAUACAUUGCUAGUGAAGUUACUGUGUUUUCACAUGACGCAACUGAAUGUAUAGCUCUUGAGGAUGGAGAUAUAUUCGAACUAAAUAGGAAGGUUGUAGAUGAAUUAUAUAGAACAAGUCCUCUUAUUGAGCUGUCUGUGGAGAAGAUUAGUGAAACUCCCGCACCAUUUGAUCAUUGGUUUCUUAAAGAGGCAAUGGAGCAACCAUAUGUCGCCAGGCUAGUGCUAUCCUCCAUAUGCGAGGGGACAGGUGUCCUUGGAGAAAUUAGUGAAAGGGCAAAGGGCAAUUAUUGCUUACUUGACAGAAACCCUGAUGAAAUUGAAAAGGAAUGCUCCAUACUCUCUUCACUGGACCCAUCACUUUUACAAUUUACCAUACCAAGCCUCGAUAAGUUUGCAAUAUCUAAACUUGUAGAGUCUAAGAGACUGUUUUUCGUUGCUUGUGGAAGUUCAAAAUAUGCAGCGGCAUAUGCUGCAACAAUAUUGCAGAAGGGAUUCGGAUUUGAAUCUAUAGAAGUCGACGAUUCAUCUGAUUUAACCCUGUAUAGAUACUGGAAUCCAGAAAAUGUAGUAAUUCACAUAUCUAAUAGUGGUGAAACGUUAGAUUGCAUUCUUGCAGCUAAUUUUAUAAAGUCUAUUAACCCAAAUUGUUUUAAUAUUUCCUUGGUGAACAUACUUCACUCUUCUCUUGAGCGUUCUUGUGAAUCUUCUCUCUAUCUUCGUAUUGGUAGAGAAAAUUCUGUGCCAUCCACAAAGGCAUUUAGUGCACAAGUUGUUUUACUACUACUUGUGGGUGCAUAUGUCCUCUCACAAAAGGAUGUUUCGGUUCAAGGGAGUAUAAAGGAAGACGAAGGUUUCUAUACCUCAAACGCCUCAUUGGUAUCAGAUAUAUACGGUUCACUUUUGAAAUUCGGAUCGUGUAUUUCCGAUUUGCUUUCUAAAAAUGAUAUUUACGUGCAAGUCGCCAAAAAAUUGAGAGAUACUAGUAGAAUGUACAUAAUUGGUAAGGGUUGUGGCUAUAUUAUUGCUCAGGAGGGGGCCUUAAAAUUUAAGGAAGUUUCUUAUAUUCAAGCUGAGGCUGUGUUGUGCGGAGCAAUGAAACAUGGAGUAUUAGCCAUGAUUUCCCCAACUGAAAUGACACCAGCUAUAUGCAUCAUCACCAAGGAAGAUGCUGAAUUGUCUAUGAAUUGUGCUAGACAACUAAAAUCUAGGGGAUCAUAUAUAAUUUGUCUAACAGACGUUCCAGAUAUGGUACAACACUUUGCUGACAUGGUUGUCCCUGUUCCGAGUUGUGGGUUGCUAACCUCUGCAUUAUGCAUAAUACCCAUACAACUCAUUGCAUACCACAUUACAUUACUCUGUGGAAGAAAUCCUGACAUACCUAGAGGACUUUCUAAAGCUGUAACAGUUCUUUAA